AAAAAGUGUAAAAAACAAUAAAGGUUUAUAUAUAUAUAUAUAACGUAAAUCAAUCAAUCAAAAUUGAAAAUUUUUCCUUAAUUUUACCGCCAUGUCAACGCGAAGACGAACCUUGCUCAAGGUCAUUGUUCUGGGCGACAGCGGGGUGGGCAAGACGUCGUUGAUGAAUCAAUAUGUUCAUAAGAAGUUUAGUCAGCAAUAUAAAGCAACAAUUGGUGCUGAUUUUGUCACCAAGGAACUCCAGAUUGAUGAUCGCCUUGUCACUCUGCAGAUAUGGGAUACUGCAGGACAGGAGCGAUUUCAGAGUCUCGGAGUCGCCUUCUAUAGGGGUGCCGAUUGCUGUGUGCUAGUUUACGAUGUUAAUGUUAUGAAAUCAUUUGAUACGCUUGAUAAUUGGCACGAGGAGUUUCUUAAACAGGCAAAUCCAACUGACCCCGGGACGUUUCCCUUUACAUUGCUUGGAAACAAGAUAGAUAUAGAUGGCGGUAAUAGUCGAGUGGUCUCGGAGAAGAAAGCAAAAGACUGGUGUGCUUCAAAAGGAAACAUGCCUUACUUUGAAACAUCAGCAAAAGAAGAUAUCAAUGUUGAUGCAGCAUUCCUUUGUAUUGCCAAAACUGCUCUAGCAAAUGAGCGAGAGCAGGACAUAUAUUUCCAGGGCAUCCCAGAGGCUGUGACCGAGACAGAACAAAGAGGUGGUUGUGCAUGUUGAUUACCAGCCAAAUUCGUUUUUAUUUUUGGUUGUUCGCUGCGUCUCUUUGUUCUUGGUUGCUCAAUGCGUCUUUUAUUAUGGUUCCAAUGAUUCUUAUCCAUUUUUUUGAACACUCUGUAUUCUAAAUUCCCUUGAUUGAAGCAUUAUUUGCCACUUGUUUUAUUUUGGCAAGGAGGAACUUUAAGGACUGAAUUUGUAGAAUUCCAUGUGA